GUAGUGAUGGAGAGGUUCAUGAAAAGCUUGGGUAGUGAAAGGAGUAGAGGGAAAUUGCGCCAUUUAUGGGUAACAGCCUAUGUAAAAAAAAAAAAAAAAAGGGCAGGAUGAGCAAGUAAAUUCACAAGUCAAAGUAUUGGGGGAUCCACCCACCCACCCACAUCACAGUUGGUAGUUCCUGAAAAAGAUGCAUGCGUUCAACGCUGUGACAGUGUAUGUAGAAUCGAGAGCAGGAUCAGGAUCAGGACCAAGUUCAAGACCAGGACCGAGAGCAGAACCAAGAUCAGGACCAAAGAAGACCAGGAUGAAGAUCUUGCAAUGCCCUGGCAGAUGAUCCCCUCACUGCUUUUAUUUCUCCUUCGUCGACCCGGCACGACACUAUAAGGCAGGAUGAAAGACAGGUUGCGUGAACUGCACACGGUCAUCCAGCAUUCGGCGGAUGUCAGUGAGGUAAAUGGUGGAGAAGAUGGAGCUGAACAGGAUCAGGAGGCCGUGGUGUUCCAAGCUGAGGGAACCAUGGAGGACAUCUUUACAGAGGCACAGUCCAUGAGAAAGGAGAUUGCAGCACUCAAAAUGGACGUGAAGCGGCUGGGUAAGCAGAACACCCGCUUCCUUACCUCGGUCCGGCGUAUCAGCAGCAUCAAGCGGGAUUCCAAUGCCAUCGCCCGUGACAUCAAGACCCGGGGGGAGGCACUUUACAAGCGCCUGCAAAAGCUGGGGGCCCUCAGCAAGGACCUGGAGGACCAGUAUGGGAUAAACGCCGCUGUGGUUCGGAUGGUACGCUCCCAGUACACCUCCUUGACCAAAAGCUUCCAUGCGGCCAUGACCGAAUACAACGAGGCUGAGAUGACCCAGAAGGAGAACUGCAAAGCACGCAUCCAGAGGCAGGUGGAGAUCAUGGGCCAGGAGGUAACAGGUGACCAGAUCGAAGAGAUGAUUGAGACAGGGAAGUGGAACGUAUUCUCGGAAAACUUGCUGACUGACGGGAAGACAGCGCGUUCUGCUCUCAACGAGAUCGAGAACCGCCACAAGGAGCUCCUGGAUCUGGAAAGUCGCAUUCGGGACAUCCAUGACUUGUUCUUUCAGAUGGCCCUGCUGGUGGAGGAGCAGGGGUGUAUGCUGGAGAACAUUGAGACCAACGUGCUUUCCACGCAGAAUUAUGUGAGGACAGCCAACUCCCAAAUUAAGAAAGCUGCCAAGUACAAGAAGAAAAAUCCUUGCAAGCAGCUGUUCUGCUGCUGCUUUCCUUGCUGCAAAUAAUGUAGUGAAGACACAGAGGACAUUUCUUGUUUUUCAUUCCAUUUCUGUGAACUUAACUAAAAGGUUGCAUAUGUACAUAAUACUGAUGAGGUCCACCAGUUUUUUUCCUCUGUCAAGAAUUCAAAGUGAUGCAAAUUUGUUGCGCUUGUCUUCAUACAUCAUCACCACAGUGCAUACAAACGUGCAGGAACAAUGGGAAAUUCGGAAACGAUGACCAGACAACUGGCUUACCAUUUCAUACUUCUUUAGAAGAGCCUUACAUUUCUUUUUUUCUUCACAUGAAUGUAGAAAUAUAACACUUGAAAUAGUGAUAGGAAAAAAAAGGCUACAGCUUAACCGCUGCAACAUGCGUGCAAAAAACUGUCAAGCGCUUUACAGUAUCUGGUUGUAACUGUUAAGAUAACAGCAGUGCUGUUGUUACUGUGAGAAUUUAACAUGCUAGAACUUUCAGGUGAACUUUCACUUGAAUUUCUCUUCGUGUUUCACCAGGAAAUUCCAUACUUUCUUACACGCAUUCAUGUAAUUUUACAUUCUGAUGAAAUAUAAGUGAACAAGUAUGCAGAAUUGUUUGUAACUUCAGCUGCCUUCCAUAUAUCAGAACUGAUGAAUAUUUAUCUUUCAAUAAGCACAAAUGUAAUAAUAUUUAUGUGAAUAUUAACAAUUAUUUUAAUAUUUGUGGAACUCUAAAAUUUAUCAAGUUUCAACACCUAACUUUUUUCAUUGAAGUCUUUGACUUUUUUUAAUGGAUAUUGUGAAAGAAAGGCUUGUGAAAUACGCAGUGUUGCAAGAAAGUGCAGUUAAGCCUGAGAGUGUGUUGCACAAUUAUUUCAACAUAUACUGAAUUUGCAGCAUACAUGUCACAGGCAAUAAAGUACGACUGGAACUGCUGUGUCUAAUUUAAAUGCUCUGCUGUGUAUUUCAUGUAUUUCUGAGAAUAUUUUGCAUUGUCUGGCAAAGAGUCUGUAUUUUGACAGAUGCAAUAUUUUCUUUUAGUCAAAAAUAUGUAAGAAAAUUUUCCCUCCUAUUAUAACUGAAAAAACA